UAGAAGUGAAGAUCAAAUCAAUUUACAGAGCUGAGUAUGGCAUAUUGUAGCUUCGUACUCUUUGUAGCCUUUUGUUUGGUGGUUGGGGCCACACAAAACGGAAAUGGUGGCGCCGAAUUGCGACCAAAUCCUCGCAUAUUACGUGGGCAAGUUGCUGCCUUGGGACAAUUUCCAUAUCAAGUAUCGGUACGUUUGAAUAAAGAACAUAUUUGUGGUGGCGCAUUGCUUUCUCGAACAUUUGUGGUCACGGCAGCACAUUGUGUAUAUAAUGUGGAUGAAAGAGAGCUUCUUGGAGUACAAGCCGGUACUGUAAGUCGCGCCGACGGCGGCAAGUUUAGUGCAGUCUCAAAUGUUAUCAUACAUCCCAAGUUUGGUUUCGACAAUGAUAUUGCUUUACUGGAGUUGGAAACACCAUUCGAAUACUCUGAAACUAUACAACCGAUAGCGUUUAAUACUUGGCAAGUGCCUGUUGGAGAAUCGGUUGUGAUUUCCGGUUGGGGUCGCUUACAAGAAGGUGGUGGACUCUCAAAUCGAUUAUUAUACAGUAGAGCACUGUAUACUCUGGCGGAUGUAGAAUGCGCUCAAGCUAGCGGUUCAAAUAAUUCCACUAUACUAUGCCUUUACGGUCCUCAGGGAUAUGGUUUUUGUGAUGGCGACGAUGGUGGCCCAGCCGUCUAUAAGAACGUAUUAGUUGGUAUUGCCAGUUAUCAAGUGAAGGCGUGCGGUACUCCUACAAAAGGUGGCUUCACCAAAGUGGCUGCCUAUAGCAAUUGGUUGAAAGCAAUAAUGUUUGGUUAGACGCAUACGUGUUUUACAACCUUUAUAUAAAGAAAAUAUAAAAUAAACCUUCAGUGAUGAAGAAAAUUAACUCAAACUAA